GCGCAGCAGCAGUAGAGCUAGCAAGCAACACUGCAACCGCUGCAUAGCUGACGCGCGGGAAAAGGGGGAUCCAACAAAAGGAAAGCGAUGAGGGAGAACUCCAGGAAGCAGCCACGUGCAGGCUCGGCGCUGCAGCGCCAGAGCCAGCCGGCAAGCCGAGGCAGCCGGUCAAACACCGCUGCCCAGCUGACGCGCGGGAAAAAGAGGAACGCUGCAACGAACAGGAAGAACGCCCGGGAAGUAGGCACCUGGUGGCAAUUCUUAAUUAGUUACAGUUUUCCAGCUGAAAUGAACCCGAGGAAAACAUCAAAGAAGAAAUACAUCACUCUUACCAACUAUGAAAUUUUGUUUGCUGCUCUCUUUACAGUAUCAAUAUGUGUCUGCAUUGGAUUAUUAACACUUUUGUGGCUCGUAAACAAGCCAGCUAAACAAGAAGAUCACCAAACUGACAAAUCAAAAUGGCUGUCAGAAGGUAUUCUCUACAAUCACCAAAGUGGUGCAAACAGUCAUACAGCCCAGGGCACAUUCACAGUGCUGUCAGGAGCAUCUUUCAGCCCAGCUUUGCAAGAGAAAUCAUCAACAGUCUUCAAAGCUCUUGCCUUUGAUGUUCAACAAAUGGUAGAUGAUAUAUUUCAGUCAAGUGAACUUCAAAAUGAGUACAAGAACUGUAAAGUAUUGCAAUUCAGAAAUGGCAGCAUCAUUGUACUAUUCAAUCUUUUCUUUGUACAAUGGGUGCCUGUUGGAAAAAUAAAGAAUGAACUGGCUUUUGGCAUUGAAGGAAAUAAAAGUGAUCUUCUGCAGACUUUGAGCAUUGAUGUGAACAGCAUAGAAAUAACAGAUUUAGGAGCAUUUAGCACAAGCAGUCCUUUGACAACAUCAGGCUUUGAAACAUUUAGUACAAGCAGUCCUUUGACAUCAUCAGUGAAAUGUUUAUCUCCUGAUGGACCUUGUGCUGAUGGUGUAAGCUGCAUAAGAAAGGAAUUAUUUUGUGAUGGAAUAUCAAACUGCCCAGAUGGUUCUGAUGAAUAUGAAAAAACAUGCACUACAUCCUGUGAUGGAAAAUUUAUUCUAAGUGGCUCUUCAGGAUCUUUCCACUCUAUUAAUUAUCCAGAACCUUAUAUUUCAAACAUUGCUUGCCGAUGGAUUAUACAAGUAAAUCAAGGACUGUCUAUUAAACUGAACUUCAGUGCUUUUAAUACACAGCAGUAUGCAGACACUCUAAGCAUUUACAAAGGUGUGGGCCCAGAAAAGAUUUUAAGAGCUUUCCUCUGGGGUUCUAAUCCUGGUACGAUUCACAUUUUUUCUAACAAAGCCACUGUAGAAUUUGUUACAGACUAUACUGAAAACCAUAAUGGCUUUAACGCAACAUACAGUGCAUUUAACACAAGUGAACUAACAAACAGUCAAAAAAUUAACUGCACUUUUGAAGAUGGUUUUUGUUACUGGAUUCAAGAUCUAGAUGAUGAUGAUGAAUGGGCAAGAGUUAGUGGCCCCAGCUUCCCUAUUACAUCUGGCCCUGACUUUGAUCAUACAUUUGGAAAUUUAUCAGGCUAUUAUAUUUCCACACCAAUGAGGUCUGGAGGCAGACCUGUGAGAGUUCGACUUUUAAGCUUAUCCUUAGUCCCCACUUCAGAUGUCUUCUGCCUAAGUUUCUGGUAUCACAUGUAUGGCAUUAAUGUGUAUUGCUUGAGCAUUAAAAUCACAUAUGAUCAUAACACUGAAAAAACAGUUUUCCAAAAAGAAGGAAAUUAUGGAAACAACUGGAACUAUGGACAAAUAACACUAAAUGAAACAUUUUAUUUUAAAGUUGCUUUUGAUGCUUUUAAAAGACCCGGAUGGGAUGGCAUUGCCAUUGAUGAUAUUGGACUGACAAAUGGGGGCUGCACUGAAAGUAUUUAUCCAGAACCUACUUUGGUGCCCACAGUCGCUACAACCCCUCAGCUACCCACUGACUGUGGAGGGCCAUUUGAUCUUUGGGAACCAAAUACUACAUUUAGUUCAAUGAACUAUCCCAACAAUUACCCCAAUCAAGCCACUUGUGUGUGGUAUUUAAAUGCAGAGAAAGGGGAAAAUAUUCAACUUCAUUUCCAGUACUUUGACCUGGAAAACAUUAAUGAUGUUGUAGAAAUCAGAGAUGGUAGAGGAGCUGGGUCUUUAUUUUUGGCUGUAUAUACAGGAAAAUCCCCAAUACCAGAUAUAUUCUCUACGACUCAUCAGAUGACUGUGCUCUUCAUUACUGACAAAUCUGUAACUAAAAAAGGAUUUGUAGCCAAUUUCACUACAGGCUACCAUUUGGGCAUACCAGAUCCCUGUGGAUCCAAUUAUUAUCAGUGUGCAAGUGGAGAAUGCAUACCACUGGCUUACCUUUGUGACCAAUCACAGAACUGUAAAGAUAAUUCUGAUGAAUCAGACUGUGUUCGCUUGGUCAAUGGUUCUCUCAGCUUCAAGGGAUUGGUCCAGUUCAAGAUUGAAAAUGAGUGGUACACAGCUUGUGCAGAUGAGUGGACUGAACAAUUGUCAAGCAAUAUCUGCCACUGGUUGGGACUAGGAAGUGCAAAUAGAUCAUCUCCUAUGUUGUUUGAUCAGGCUGGUCCUUUUGUAGAAGUUACAAAAGCAGUCAACAGCAGCUUAAUACUAACACCAAAGGUAAGGUGUCUCAAUAAUUUGGUGAUUCACCUGCAAUGCAACAAUAAACCAUGUGGGAAAAGAUUGAUUACUCAGGACCAUGGAACAAAAAUUAUAGGUGGUUCUGAUGCUCAAGAAGGUGCUUGGCCUUGGGUGGUCUCAUUACAUUUCAAUUCCAGACCAGUUUGUGGAGCUUCUCUUGUCAACAAUGAAUGGCUGGUCUCAGCUGCACAUUGUGUAUAUGGGAGGAAUUUAAAACCAGCUCAGUGGAAAGCAGUACUUGGUUUGCACACCAAUCUGAAUCUGUCAUAUCCUCAAACAGUCAUCCAAGAAAUCAAUCAAAUCAUCAUAAAUCCCCAUUACAAUAAGCGAACAAAAGAUAGUGACAUUGCUUUGAUGCAUCUUCAAUUCCAAGUGAAUUACACAGAUUACAUUCAGCCCAUUUGCUUCCCAGAAAAAAAUAAACAAUUUUUGCCAGGAACUAAUUGCUCCAUUGCUGGCUGGGGAACAACCACAAAUCAAGGUUCUGUGGCAAGCAUAUUACAAGAAGCAGAAGUCCCUCUUAUAACACAUGAGAAAUGCCAGCACUUGAUGCCAGAAUAUAAUAUUACUGAAAAUAUGAUAUGUGCAGGAUAUGAUGAAGGAGGAAUUGAUUCCUGUCAGGGAGAUUCUGGUGGGCCACUGAUGUGUCAAGAAAAUGGAAAGUGGUUACUGGCUGGUGUGAUAUCCUUUGGCCGUCAAUGUGCACUGCCAAAUCGUCCUGGCGUUUAUGUGGAAGUUUCAAAAUUUGUCGACUGGAUAAAAAGGACCAUACAUUAGCACCAUUUUUAAAACAAUGACUGGACAAAUAUAGAUUUAUAUCCAACAAAGUUGUUCCAUUGGUACAAGGACCUAGCAGAACCUCUUCUCUCCCUCUCCCAAUACAUUAUGGGUAAAGCUAAUAGGACAUUGGAUAUACCCCAUAGGAAUUAUAUAUAAGAAUCACCCAUGCUAUCUGACAGACUGGCAAAUGCAGAUAAUUCAAAAAGUGUGAGAGUGUAUUUGUUAAGGAUAAUCCAAGCAACUGAUUGGAGUCCCACUGGCUGACAAGGAGGGGCACCUCACCCCUUUAGCUGCUGCCCCAAGGCCUGAAUGGGAAAGACGGAAAGGACAUCUAAAAAUGCCGAAUGGCUGUACCACACUGUUGGUCUGACUAAGACAACUUUUUUAAGCUUACAAAUAUAGAACAAUCACUCAUAUGAGCUCUUGUUCUAAGAGGCACCAUGAUUUUAAGUCCUUGUGGCUUUCACAUGUUAAUUGUAAUUUUGCAGGAGAUCCUUACAUGGCUGCUUCAUAUCUGUUCAGAUAGUAAUAAUGUGAUACAAACAUAGAAUAUACAUGUUCACAUGUUAGUAGUAAUGCUCGAAUCACAGAACUCAAAAUCAUAGACCACUCUCAUUAUUACUAAGACAGUUUCUAGGAUAGAAGUUCAGCUGCAAAAUGAAUGCAACGUUUAUGCCAAGCAUGGGGAUUGUUAAUUAGUAAUGCACAUCUAACUGCAUGUCAGGUCACAGUAACUAAAUAUUUCAAUCAAUUUGAAAGGCAAAUUUCUAUAUGCAAUCACAUAAACAAUAACAAAAAAAAGUUCUUCAUGCAUUUCAUGCUGGAGAAGCAGGUUAAUCCUUGUAUGGUAAGGACAUGCACAAUUUACCACAUGAAUUGCAGUACUACAGUGAAAUGAAGCCAUGGAAAAGCAGGUCACAUCACUGCUAUGUGUAA